AUGGAGUCUGUACCGAUGUCGAUUAUCAUUGGUAUCGAGGGCAAAAAGGUUGAGUUGCGGAUUUUUGCUUCAUAUCCAAUCGGAAAUCUCACGACGGGUGGAUUCUGGGCCAAUGGCAAUGCAGUAGGCGUCCUCACCUCCGUUCCCGGGUUCAUACCGGCGAUCAACGCUACGAGUAUCCAUAUGGACGACACAUUCGUUCGUUACCCGGGCGCACCGUACAUUCAAGAUACGCGUGGCCUCGUAAUGACCGACGAUGGUCAGAUCAUUGGCGUGAACAUGCAGGGCCUGGUUUCGGCCACACCCCACGUUCAUGAUAUCAUGGCGAACAAAACAGGAGUGGAGCCGUUAAGGUGGGGGGAGAUGGAUACUUUUACGGUCUGGAACUUUCAGGCGGCGGCAGGCAAGUACUCGCAGCUUGCAGAAGGGACAUUUGUCGCGAAUACCCGGCUGAUCCCUUCGGAUAAUGAGGAUACCGUGGUAUACAUGGAUUAUCAGAUCAGCCAGGUUGACGCUGGGCCGUUGUGCGUAGACUCUUAG